GGUUGUGUCGUUUUUCUUCACACUUCGAAAGGAACAGCUGCUGCGAGCUCUAGAUUUCCGGAACAAGUUUUCUCCCCGCCCGUACUUACCUUCACGCGUGAUACCUCCAGAAAGGAAAAAGAUUCUUCUCAGUGAUAUCUUAGAAAUUAGAUGGCCUGACCCUGCUACAGCUGAUCUGACAAGAUGUGUAGACAACGGCAUUGUGCGGAUUUCAUCAGUAGAUGGUUAUGCUCACCUUAACCUGCCAGAAUUGCAGCAAGAAUUUACAGUGGAGUUCUUGUGCAAAGUCAGCCAGUCCUCUGCAGCAUCCUUACACUCCUCUCAAAAAAAGAGUAACUGUGAAGCUGGAGAACAGUGUGCAAAAUCAGGUAAAACGUCUGUGGCAGAAAUACCGUUGAAACAAACUAGAAUAGAGAAGAGUGAACAUCUUUGCGCUGAUGGCAAAUACGGGGAACCAACCAAACCAAAAGACCAAAAAGAUGUAAAGGGAGUACCUUUGAUCUACAGUACUUGUUCAUCUGAAUACACAUGGGUUACACAGCGUUGGUCUGUUGCCUCCUACCCAGAAGAAUGGAAAUACCCUUUGUCCCUGGCGCUAAUGUGUUAUAACUUACACACUGUUAAGAGUGCAGUGAAAAUGAGUGAGAAAAACAACCAUCCAUGUGUAGAAGCUCAUGUUUUAAUAGACCAUGAAGCACAUGCAACAGUUUCUCAUCUACCUGCAGCUUUGCCACUCAGCUGCAGGUCACCACAUUUACACAGGUGGACUUUCUGUGACUUCUUCCAGAAUCAAGAUACUGAAAAGUAUUCAUGCCAUCAGCUCAUUCGUAUUGUAUGGUGCGAGGGUGUUUUUUAUAGAUUUAUCCACGGUAGGAUGAAUGUUGCAGAAAUCUAUCCUGGUGAUGACUCAUUUUUCAAGUCAGAGGGAGCAUUUCUGGGAAACUAUUUCAUACAUUAUGCAAUCCCAAAAGGAACAAAAAAGAGAGAAGAAAAGAUGUAUUCAGUAAACAGCCUACCUCCUGAUGUACCAGGAAAGCCGUACUCUAUAUCCUCCAUUAUUAAUCAGGCAACCAAAAUACUUCAGUACUGCUACAGGACUAAACUGUCAUUAACUCAUAACUGUUACCUCUGCUGCUGGAAAAUGGUGCCUGAGACAGAUGGACGAGAAAUGUUGCCAGUUUUGUUGUAUGAAAAGGUUAUUCCCAGCAUGGGAAGGCUUGUUGUGUACUCAGAUCAUAAAGUCCAUGCUGCUUUUUGGGAUGGGAUAACCUUGAACAUGAUCUGGGAUUUCAGUUCUUCCGGUAGUGAGAUCCAGGUAAACGAAGAGAUAGGUUGGUGUAAGUUAACUACACCUGAUGGGGUAGAGCAGCUAAUACAAAUAAGUCAUCCUGGAGUCUAUGAAAGGUACAUCAGAAGAGCAAUAGAAUGGUGCAGAAGUUUGAACAGAAGGAAGGAGAUUCCUGAAUAUAAUGCACACUCUGUAGCUGAAGAAAAUUGGUCUGCUGAUGCUGAGCUUGAAAAAAUACGGAGAUUUAACUGUAUCCUUUUGAAAGCUGUAAAAUUUAAUGUUGUUCUUUAUGUGCAUAUUCAAAUAUGCAACGUUCUGGAAAAGACAUCUGCUGCAAAAGUCAAUCCCUCUGGUAUUACUGUCAGAAAAACAGAACGUGAGAGUGAGCUGGAAGAAAUCAGUGAAGGGUGUGUCUUGGAGGCUCUGGAAAGAACUUCUAAAGUAAUUCAGGAUAUUGAGUCUCUGCUUGCAGCUUCUGGGAAGUGA